GUUCUGCUCUACUUUUUCUGGCACUCUCUGUGACUUAUCAAAUUCUACCAUCAACGCGGGCAUCCCCAAUAGCUUGUAUUUCAUUAACAGCUAAGAACUGCGUUGAGCUCUACUAUUCCGGUCAAAGGAUCAGCGGUGUUUAUACAAUCGACCCAGAUGGCUUAGGCGCCUUUAAUGUCUACUGUGACCAAACUACUUCCGGUGGAGGAUGGACAGUCUUUCAGAAGAGAAUGGAUGGCUCCAUUGAUUUUAACCGCACCUGGAAUGACUACAAAUGUGGCUUCGGUAACCUGGUCGGUGAAUUUUGGCUCGGACUGGACAAGAUAAACCGUCUGACACAAAACAAAACAAAGAACAUGCUUCGAAUAGAUCUGGGGGUAACUACGCGCCAAACUGUUCACGCUGAGUAUGGAUGGUUUGGGAUUGGGAACGCGACGGCUGACUACCGCCUGUACAUUGGCAAUAUGACAGAUGCAACUGUUUCCGUUGAUUCCCUCAAUCCUCACAAAGAUCUCAUUUUUGGUACUUGGGAUAGAGAUCCUGCUUAUUGUGCUCAAAAAAGAGGCGGAGGCUGGUGGUAUGGCAACAGUAGUGCUUGUGCUGUUUGGUCGAAUCUCAACGGAAUUUAUCCGCAUUGUCGAAAGGAAACCUGGGCCGAUAUCCAUUGGGGAGAAUUGUCAUUCGAAUGA